UUGACGUCACUUCUGCGCGACUCUUUUCCUAGGCGUCUGGUUCUCGGGCUACUCUUCUGAACUAUGCCUAAAGUAGUGUCGCGGUCGGUAGUCUGCUCCGACACCCGCGACCGGGAGGAAUAUGACGACGGCGAGAAGCCCCUGCACGUCUACUACUGCUUGUGUGGCCAGAUGGUGCUGGUGCUGGACUGUCAAUUAGAGAAAUUACCCAUGAGGCCCCGGGACCGGUCCCGUGUGAUUGAUGCUGCCAAACAUGCUCACAAGUUUUGUAACACAGAAGACGAGGAGACUAUUUAUCUUCGGAGGAUUGAAGGCAUUGAGCGACAGUACAGGAAGAAGUGUGCAAAGUGUGGACUGCCACUCUUCUACCAGUCCCAGCCGAAGAAUGCUCCUGUGACCUUCAUUGUUGAUGGAGCAGUCGUCAAGUUUGGCCAGGGUUUUGGGAAAACAAAUAUAUAUACCCAGAAACAAGAGCCUCCUAAGAAGGUGAUGAUGACCAAACGGACAAAAGACAUGGGCAAGUUCAGCUCUGUCACUGUGUCUACCAUUGAUGAAGAGGAAGAGGAGAUUGAGGCUAGGGAAGUUGCUGACUCGUAUGCACAGAAUGCCAAAGUGAUUGAAAAACAGCUAGAGCGCAAAGGCAUGAGCAAGAGGCGGCUGCAAGAGCUGGCUGAAUUGGAAGCCAAAAAAGCAAAAAUGAAGGGGACGUUGAUUGACAACCAGUUCAAAUGAUGAGGACCUUUCUCUGAGCCAAGGCUGGAGGCAAGCAUUUAGAAUAGAGAGAAAAAUAACUUCUUGGUUACAUGGACUGGUUCCUAUUUAUGCUCUGCCAGCAGGCUUUACAUUGCUUUCCACUGAUUGUCCUGUGUUCAUUAAGGUCUAUAACUGAGUCCAUUUGACCUGCUUUGUAAAUUUUUCUAAGUCUUUUUGUAUAUAGGCUUUCUGUACUAUCUUUUGCUCAUUUGAUGUCAACUUCUUCAGCUGUGUAGAAAGUUUAUGAAUAGAUUAGUGCUUGAA